CAGCUGAUCGUGACGCACCGCAUUCGCACUUUGGCAGCAAGAGGGCGAAGUACAUAUAUAGAAGUUGGGUAUUGGUUACACGCUGAAGUAAUGAAGCGCGGUGUGCCAACGGUAAAUGGGUGAUUCUAACGGAAUUCCGUACUCAGGCGUACGUCAAAACAAGCGUCAGUUCCUGUGAUCGGCGUCUUGGGAGUCGGAACGGACUGUCGCUCCCGUGGCUUCACCAGAAAUAGCUCAGUCCGGUUUAUUGAAGCGCGGCUUCUUCUGGCUGGACAUACUUCUAAAAAAGGUGCUCUACACCGGAGGCCGCAAUGGUGGAUUACUAUGAUGUUCUGGGAGUGUCACGAAAUUCUUCUCAAGAUGACAUCAAGAAAGCUUACAGGAAACAGGCUCUGCGGUGGCAUCCUGACAAAAAUCCAGACAACAAGGAAGAGGCAGAGAAAAAAUUCAAGGAGAUAGCAGAAGCCUAUGAAGUUCUUUCAGACAAAAGCAAACGAGAUGCAUACGACAGAUACGGUAGAUCGGACAUGUCAAGCUCAGGCUCUGGUGGCUCUUCAUUUCCUGAUGACUUCCCGGGAUUCUCCUUCACAUUCCGCAGCCCAGACGAGGUGUUUCGAGAGUUCUUCGGAGGGCAGGACCCAUUCGCUGACUUUUUUGAUGAUUUCCCGUUUGGUGGAAUGCACAGUGGGUUUCACAGCUCCUCCUCCAGGCUUGGGCCCAGUCGCUUCUUCUCCUUCCCCUCAGCAAAUGCUGACUUUACCACCUUCUCCUCUUCAAUGGGUGGGAUGGGCAGCAUGGGAGGGGCAAGCUUCAAGUCUGUUUCUACUUCCACCCGUAUUGUCAAUGGAAAACGUGUCUCCACAAAAAAGGUCAGAGAAAAUGGCCAGGAGAGAACAGAGGUUGAGGAGGAUGGGGUUCUGAAAACUGUCCUCAUCAAUGGUGUGGAGGAUGAGAUGGCUUUAGCUCUGGAACUGAGUCGUAGAGAGCAGUCCAGUCAGCCUCCCAGACAAUCCCAACAGCCACUGCUCCACCCCCCCAACCACAGCUCCACAAACCCCGCCUUACGAUCCUUCAGCGCCGCCCCGUUCUACCACUGCCCCGAUGCCAGUGAAGACGAGGACGAAGACCUCCAGAUGGCGCUGGCCUACAGCUUGUCGGAGAUGGAGGCCCAGCAGCGGGGAGAGGACGUGAUCUCAGGUGCUGGGGGAGGGAGGGGGAGGGAACCAGGUGAUGGGAAUUGGAAGGGAGCCGUUCAAAAAAACAAAUACAAGAGAGAAGUGACGGAUGACUCAGACCAAAGCACCCCCUCAUCUCCAGAAGACAGACUAACAGAACAGGGUCUAGAUACGGGUUCAGAAAGUUUGCAUCCAGAGAGUGUUAGAGAGGAUAAAGUGAAUGAUAAAAUGCCGGCCAAUGGGAAUAAUGUGGUAAAGAAGAAAAGGAAGUGUCAGUGUGUGGUCUGUUAGUAAGACUGUGGAGAAUUAUCAUGCUUGUGUGUGAAAUCAGCAGUGUUAACAUUAUGUUCUCUCUAUGGUUGUUGUUGUUGUUUUAAAUCCUUCUCAAGCUACUGCUUUAACAGUUUUGUCUCUUGUGGCAGGGCUGAUGGCAUUGCACAAAAAUGACAGUGUUGAAUUUGUAUUUUCUUGCCUUAAGGAAUGAAUAACAAGUGCCAAAAUGUGUUUAUACUACACAAAGACAGGACACUUUACAGUAGGAAGUUUGAAGGUACUGUAUGGGAUAUUUUAGAAUGUCAGUAAACACAGAAAUAGGUGUCUAGGGAUAUUAUUUGCUAGCCUUGACUGUGUUAACAGUAAAAAUAGUCAAGUUGCUUUCUUAGUCAGAAACACACUCUCCCUGUGAAUCCUUUGGAUUGCUGGCAUCAGGUGGACUGACAUGUCUUUGAAGGGUGCAUUUUUGGGAUAUUGGAAAGCUAGCAUAUGGUUAGCAUAACGGCUAACCUGCAUAAUCCAAUAUUCAACAUGACUUUUUAGUGUAUUUUGAGUAUUGCAGAGAAUUUUAAUAGAUAUAUCUUGCUGAUUAGUUGGCAGCCCAUUCCCAAUGAACGCUCCAUUUAUUCUUCCAGCAGUGGAGUGCUCUACUUCAUCAGUGUUUGCUAUUGUUCCUUCUAGAAAGGAGAUUCUCUGACUCUAGUCGGGGUGCUUUGUGAUUUUUACGAUGCAUUUGUCAUUCCUUCAGAGGUACCUGUUGAAUGCGAAAGGGACUUUUUUUGUAGUUGGGAAAUUUUGCACAAAAACUGAAAGAUAAUCUUCUUUCGAGGGCUAAUUUUUAGUGAUUAGCACUCCUAUUGCCAAUGCGUUACAGACAGACAUGUAAGGGAAUGUGGAUCCAAAAUGAUAUCAUUUUAUAAGAUUGUGCCAAAUAACUGACUGACAAUGUCUCAAUAGUUUUGUACACAUCAGAAUUAUUCAGUAUUGAUAUUUUGUUUGUGCCUUUUAUUUUGCUAGGAUCAAAUGAUACUGUUGCCAUUGCUAUAUUUCACAUGGCUGUUUGUGUACUAGUUAGCCAGAGCACAUUAUACGUUUUUUCUUGUUUUGUUUUUUUUACUUGCUUGUGCAGUUUGUUUCAUAACUUUAAGCUUUGUGAUAUAAAAUGAACAAAACAUCAAUAAAUCAAACACUAAAAUAAAGCACAAAAUGUGAUGCUAUGUGAAUAUUAAUGAACAUAUUUUUGUCUACAAAGUCAUUCACACAAUAACUACUUUUCACAAUGCGUGACAACAUUGUUAUCUCAGAACAGAAGUAUCCUAAUUCAUAUUCAGCACUGUCAUUGUUUACAUGAUGUUGUUGGUAAUAUGAAGAACAAUAAACUGUAUUAAACCAGCUCUGCUCAUAAGAAUUCAUUUUUACAUAUUCAGCAUAAAAAGUAGUUUUGAUGGACUGCUCAUUUUUAGCCAUACCUUUUCUCCGGUUCACCUGAUAUAAAUGGACAUGAAAGGCCGUACAUUUCUAUAUUAGGUUGAAUACAUUUUAUUUAUCUUAGUUAUA